GCAGGCGUUUGGGAUAGGUUGCCAUAGCAGCACAAAUGCGUUGGCAACUGGAGGAACGCUAAAGAAGGAAGUUCUGUGAACUUUUCUAAAAAAAAUCUGAAGGCAAAGAAGAUCAAGGAACAUGCAUGUCUCAAAGCCAAAGUCCUCCAAAUGCCGUGACAGACCCAAACUGAGCCAGGGGUCAGACUCAUCAGGCCUCCACCCCUCAUCCGGGAGUCCUCGACCUCCCUUGCAUGACCGAUACAUGCGCUCCCGGGGCCUUCACGUCAAGCACAGCAGCCUGAGGAGCUCCAGUGACAUCCCUGAGCUGGUGGAGGCCAUAUCGGCACCGACACUGACCCUGAACAAAUACAGGGUCCUGCCUUCCAUCGAGACGAAGCCUGGACAGCAGCCAGACAUGAAGGGCCUGGAGCAGACCCUAGGGAUGACCUCUGACCUCUGUCUGAGAGACAACCUCCACCUCCACUCACGUUUCAUGGGGCGAGAGCCACGACUCUGCGCCAUCCAGGCACUCACAGCCUCCAAGAGCAUGCCUGAGGUGGGCACAAUGUCCGAGGUACGGUGCAGUCCUGUCUCCCCAAUGUCUUACAUCGAGUCACCGGAAGUCCCAGCAGAAGACAUUUCUGCCUUUUACGGAGAGGGUGGCUUGGUACUUGCCAUUCGGACUCCAUAUGGGAGCAGGGUUGAGCAUCGUUUUAACCCCAACCACACCCUGAGAGCGGUCAUCGCAGUUGCAGAGGCCCAAGAUGGGAGGCGCUAUCGGCACAGCCUGGUGGAAACUAUGGACAUGCCCCGCAGAAGCUUCACUGACCUCAGCAUGACACUGGCUCAGUGUGGCAUUCCCAACAGAUCGGUGCUGUGUAUAUCACAUUCAGAUGUUGGGGAAAAGUGACUUUGUUUUGAAUUUUGUAGAGGACAUUUUCUGUUGUUUGAUAAUUAUUUUUGUAUAAUAUUUUUCACAUUCUACAUAAAAUAACAAUUAAUUAUAAAAGUCA